UCUGCUGAAAAUUCACAGAGUUGUCAUUCAGUAACGCCGCCGAGGAUCGCUGAAGAAGGCCGUGAACAAUCGCCCGAAGACGAUAUCCCUGGCGUCGAUCUGUCACAUCUUUCACCGUCUGAACGGGAGCAGAUUCGUGCUGUCAUGAGGAUGGCCCAGAUGGACGAUCCGGGAAGACGAGAAGCCUCACAACGAGCUCAGUACGAUAAGAUAGACACCACCACCAAGCCGGAUGCGCCCACUGCUGAGAAGAAACCUCGCCAAACGUCUAUGACGUCAUCUUCAGAAGUUUGCUCUCCUACACGAGAGUCAGGAUACGGUACCACCUCGACGUCAUACGAUCGUGAGCUGGGUGAUUUCGCCACAAAGUUGGAAGAUGCUGGUGAAGUGGCAGAGAAGGAGCCCACCUCGGAGAACGAAUUCUCGAGCGAGACAGUGCAAGAGGACUUCGACUUCACCUAUUCAGACAAUCGAUUCUCUGCAUUGACCGAUGAGAGCUUCGAUACUGACAGGUACAGGGUAAGUCUACAUGACGAUUCUAGUAUGAACGUGGACGCUGUGGAGAUGGACGAAGACGAUUUGUACAACAGCAGAGAUCCGACUGGACCGCAGGGCGACCACGAAUGUGGACGACGGUCUUCGAAGGUGAUGAGUCCGAGCAACCGGCUGACGACGUUUUCAUUCGGCAAUCACCCACAGAUACUUUUUAAAAGCAAAGCGACUAUUCCUGGACAAGCCCAGUAA